CGUCUGGCAUCAAUGGUGCUGCUUUUAGGGGCGGUCCGCUGGUGCACUCCGCCCCGCUUAUCAGCGUUCGUAAAGAUAACGAUCAGGCACUUUCCGCGCGACGACUUUCUAUAGAGCGGCAUAAGAGCAACGUGCGCACCUUUUAGCUCCGUCAUGCCUAUCUGCACACUCAAGACAAAUCUUCUAGCGAGCAAAAUUCCGAAUGGUUUCAACGUAAGGUUUGCCCAGUAUGUUGCCUCCAUCCUGAAGAAAGAUAUUGAGAAAGUGACCGUUAUUGUGGAACCAGGUCUGGAAAUGUCUAGAGCCGGCACGACAGAUCCCAACUGUCUGUGCUCGAUUCAUUCCAUCAACGUGUUCUCUCCAGAGAAAAAUAAGGAGUACGGCAGCAAAUUGAGGGAUUUCCUCUCGGAAAACUUGGCCUUGCCGCCGAAAAGGAUUGUCGUCACACUGUACGACCUGAGUCCCAAUGAUCUCGUCUGAGAGUUUCUUCACUCCAGUUGCGGACUGUGCGCUGUGGAAUUUGCGUCCCAUUAUGUGCAAUAAAGGGUUUCGGCUAUCGUGA